GUUGGUUCUGUCAUUGCUUGCAGUCAGAUGAUUUCACUGGCUGUACAAGAUGAAAUCUCAUAUUUCAAUGUAUAAGUAAAAGUGUCAAAGUUCAGCUGAAGCAGGGACGAAUAGAGAGCAAAUUUUGUGUGUAUUUGUAACUAGGGCACCAGAGCAAUAGAGGAAGCCAAAAUGAGCCGGAAAAGCAGAAAGAGUUUAAAGGAGAAAUUUGCCUUCAAGAACAGCUUGGUUAAAGAAGCCCUCUCAGAAUUCCUGGGAACUUUUAUAUUGAUAGCCCUUGGAUGUGGGUGUGUGGCACAGGCUGUCCUUAGCCGAGGAGAACAUGGAGGGCCCAUGACAGUAUCAGUUGGAUUUGCAAUGGCAGUCACUGUAGCAGUGUAUGUGACUGGGGGGGUUUCUGGUGGUCACAUAAACCCGGCCGUUUCAUUAGCCAUGUGCACGACUGGCAGAUUAAAAUGGACCAAAUUACCAAUUUACAUAUUAGCACAACUCCUGGGAGCAUUUGUUGGAGCAGCGGCUGUCUUUGGGAUUUAUUAUGAUGCUUUUAUGGAGUACAGCAAUGGAACACUUGAAGUCACAGGACCUAAUGCCACAGCACAAAUCUUUGCAACAUAUCCAGCUCCAUAUCUGUCUCUCCUAAAUGGAUUUGCAGAUCAGGUGAUGUCAACAGCUGUUCUUCUUCUGGCUAUCUUUGCUAUUUUUGACACCAAAAACAACAGUGUACCAAAGGGCCUGGAGCCAAUUGCAGUAGGACUUCUUAUAAUUGUUCUUACUUGCUCCUUGGGAAUGAACAGUGGCUGUGCCAUGAAUCCAGCCAGGGAUCUGGGCCCAAGGCUCUUCACAGCCAUUGCAGGAUGGGGGAUGGAAGUCUUCACGGCUGGAAAUAAUUGGUGGUGGGUCCCUAUAGUUGCACCUAUGCUGGGAAGUGUACUCGGAGCAAUGACCUACAUUAUUUUUAUUGAAAUUCAUCACUCAGAUACUCAUUCAGGUGAAGAAAAUGAUGUGCGUGAUAAAUACGAACUGACCAACACGGAGUAAGAAGUGUAGAAUUUUCUCUCUCAUUUUGUUGUGUAACUUUUAUGCAAAUGAUUGUUUGGACCACUUUAUAAAAACUGUGUGCCUCAAGCAGAAAUUCACAUGUCAAAGCAGAAAAAUCUGUACAGAAGGCAAUUUCAAAACUGACCUCUUUCCAUGAAGUGUCAGGCUGAUCACAUUCCAAACUGGGCACUUGGGGGUGGGAUAAAUUCUUCUUCUUUUCGUAUUGUUCUUCUUUAUGAUCGAGUUAUCUCCUAGAUGAAACUGUAGGGAGAUGAUGCACUGACCUGCUAAUUCAAGACAUAUGGUCUUAAUCAUGUUGACUAAUAAACUGAAAAUAGAUGAGAUAUUGUUAUGAAACAGCAUGUGCAAGCAGUAAAUUGGUUCAGUGCUGAGUUAAUGUGUAAGAGCACUGGUCACUUCUUAUAGCCAUUACUUAAGAAUGACUCAUCUGAGAAUCAGUAACAAUACCUGCACUGACUAAAUGUCAACUGAAGUAGUUUCAACUAGCUUACAUUUUCAUGGAACCACUAAUUGAUCAGCAAGGAAUCAACUCAUUAAUUCAGAAUACAAAAACAAAAGGCAAAAACUGUGUGUUAUAAGAUCAACACCAAAGAGACACAGCUGUACUUCUGCACAUGUCCUUCAUAGCAAUAAUGUUAGAUUACUUUUAAAGUAUUUGCUUUACUUUCAUGCUACCCAAUAUUAAAAUCCUAAUGUAAUAUUAAUCUGAACCUCUUCUGCUGUGCUUUCUGGAAAAAAUUAUUUCCUGCGGAGACGGGCCAGCAACAGAGGCUUAUCCUGUGCAAGAGGUCAGCACACAGCCUAUGUCUGUAUAAACUUUAGAGAGACCUUCUGUUAAUCUGCAUAGUGGGUUCCAUCUGCUUUGUGGGAGUAAUUUUUAUUUUAGCAGCAGUAAUAACAAUUAGAAACUGGUCUCAGACCUAGUCCUAGAUCUGAAUUCCCCAAAGAUGGCCAACUGCACAUCAGAGCUCUGAAGAGCUCUUUCACUAAAGAGAAGUGCUUACACACACACCAUGUCCUAAAUAUCCAGCCUUGAAAAAUGUAAUUAUUUCUGCUUCAUCAUUGUGAAUUGAAUGUAUCUAAUGAAAUCAAAGUUCAUUUAUAGUAUGUAUACAUAUAUAUAUAUAUAUAUACAGUGUGGUUGGUGGUGGUGAUCAUGAAUAAAUAUACAUCCUAUUCAGCAAUACUCCUGAGCUAUUUCAAUGACAAAACUUUAGGGUACUCAUUCACUGUGCUCACCAUAGGGUGCUCUUCCCUUUGGCUUCCUACAAUUCUGCUUCCUAGAAUUCCACAGUAUUUUCUGACCUCACUCCUGAAGGGAGUCAUGUUGCCAGUGACAGCCUGUGCACUUUGGUAAGUUAUCCACAAAAAUGGUUUGGAAAAUACUGUGAUCAGAAUCUGCCUCAGCAUUUGGGCAGAUCAGGCCUGUGUCACUGCACAUCACGCUCCCUGGUGCGCUACACCAAAUUCAUGGCAGCAAAAGGAUAGAACAAGCAGAUCAGUCAAAGCUUUUCUUGCUGCAGCUGUAAAGCAGAUGAUGCUGUAUACUCCAGAGAGUGUAACUCCAAUUUUAAUUAUGUAAUUGAAGAAAACUUACAGAACAGCAAUGAACUCAGGUUGCCCAGAGACCACAUAAAGCCUGUGCAAAACAGUAAUUGGAUACAGCAUUUCUCUGCUGUGCCUUAGGAAGUGACAUAGCUCCACCCAUCAAGAAUCAAGAGUACAAUGUGGAAAUUAUUCCUAACUGCAGUCCUUAGACUGGCAGCACAACCAAGCUACUUCAUCUCUCCUGUAUAUUGACAAACUGCACUACAUAAAACAAGAUGCUGUGUAAAAGCAAUUACAGCCUGAGCCUCCUUUGCUCCCUUAGCAAUGAAUGCUGUCUCUCACCCUUGGUGACACUGGGCAGGAGCACUUCCAGGUGGCUGCCAGUCACUUCUGUCUGGAGAGGCAUUGUAGAGGCAGAAGCAGCCAGAGGGCUGCCCUCAGGUCUGAGGCAGUUACUCUUCCAGUGGUGACAACAUCUGACCUGAAAUAUCUGUGCAGAAAAUGAAAAUAGAAAGCCAAUUAACCACAAGUUACAAAUUUUUUAUCGUUUUUUGUGCUAGAUUUUUGCAUAGCUUUCAUAUGCCUCAUAAUAUUUUGUCCUUUAAUACACCAUGGAAAACAUGGAGAACAGCAGAAUACAAGUCAGGAAUGAGAAAAGCACAACUUAUUUAUACAACCUACUGAGUGACCAGCCCACACUUGCUGUGUGUUAGGCUAUAUGAAGUUGUACAUUUUCUUAAAAUCCUUCUGUUCACAAGAGAUUCUGCCUGCAAAUCAUCACGAAAUCUUGUUUGUCCUAUUUAUGCCAGUUCUACACAUUGAAAUUCUGUAUAAAUGAUACUUCUCUGAAGUUAUCAACAUGCAAAUUGUAAGCAGUGACACACUAGCAUGAUAUUACUGUGCUAUCUAAAGUCUGUUCUCAACAAGUUGUUGCCAAUGCUGUAUUCGCUUAAGAAACUUAUUUUUAAACUUUAAUCUAUCACUGAAUAUGUUUGUGAAUUCUCUGAAGACCAUGAUUCAUACUGACUUCACAAACUCCAGAAUUUCAUUCAGGUGAUUUAGCCCUGUCUGUGUAAUUUACAUUUUUAAGUAUAAGAUGAAUUUCUGCUUUAGGGACAAAACUCAACUGAGUCUUAAUUACAGAGUCAAGACCAGUAGCUCCAUAAUAUAAUGGGAACAUUAAUAACCUCAAUCCAUAAACUUCUGUUGACUUCACUGAUCUGUUUUGUGCAAAACAAAAAGGUAUUUUUACUUUGCAUAAAGUAUGCAAUUUUCUAAUAUCAACUGAUAUUCAGUAGUCACACUCAUGUUGAAUUAAUAUAAUACAGUUGGCAACAAAAAAGAGUUUUUCCAGCUGUAAGACACUCUGGUUAAUAAAUUAAUAGUAACCAGGCUUUAUUGUUUUAAUGUUAAAAAAAAAAAUCUUCAGAGCAUUGAGCUUACUAACAUUCUGGGUUUGGUUUUUUUUCUUUUUGGGGUGACAAUGUGUUUGUUCUUUAGAGCUAAACUUGGUACUGAAAUAAUUUGGAGAGUGAUCCUGCAAAUAGCACUGGGUUAAAGGUUGGCUACUGCAUGUUGUUUCAUAGAAGCCAGUGGAAUUAUUCACUAUGGGAGGCAAUACAGAAAAGGAUAAGUGCUCAGAGAGUCAAGCUCAGAGUAUAGUGGAAACUGUACUUCCCUGUAGUUUUGUCUGUGGAUCUGGAUGAAUGUGUUGUGGUUCACAAUAAAUACAUUAUUAAUCCCUAA